GAGUUCUAUAACACAUGGUAUACAUAAAAGGUUAGGUUCUCCAAUAUUAGACAAUACAGCCAUAAACAAGCAAGUACAUCUAGAAUAGACAAUAUUAAUUUAAAAUUAAAAUUAUCGAGGAGUAAUUACAUCAUGGGAAGAUUUGAAGCUCUCCAUGAAGCCUUUACAAACACAUCAACAGCUGGAUUCACAUUAUUGAGUAUUUUGGACCCUUCUUUCGAAGAUGAUCCAUCAAAAUUCAUUCACAAAGUUAUGAACGUUUAUCACCAGAGAGUUCGAGAGAACACAACUGAUGAAAAACUGCAUAAUGCCUUUCGUGAUUUGUUGUGUUAUCAAUAUCAACUCCACAAUGAAAGUAAAAUGAAAACAAUUGGGGAUUAUUCCAAUGAGAAAUUAUUGGAUAAUUUGCGGCGAAUUUUAUUCUAUUCUGGAGACAAUAAUGAGACCAUCAAGACAAUUCUCAAUGAUGUGGCCAUUCUCCAGAUAAUUUGUUAUGCAAAUAAUGAGAGCAUACAGCAGUUAUUUUCAGAGGCUCUUGAGUUCAUCCAAAAACAACUUGACGAAGGCAACACUCUUCAUAAUAACUUGCCAGUUCUCGAAAUCAUAUCUGAUGCUGUAGCUUUGCAAACAAGAUUAUUUACGGAAGCUGGGGAGUUUAUCUCGGUUGCAUUGCCGGCGACUGUAAAAGCGUGGUUCCCACUCAUUGAUGAGAAUAAUUCCCAGGAGUGGAGGCCUUUUGUGUCACUCCUGCUCAAGCUAACGAAAACAAUUAAUCCUCCAGGAGCUUUUAUCAAUAUGUUGUGGGAGUAUAUACAAGGAUAUAAUCAACAUACAUCCAAGAAAUCAUUGACACUUUUGUGCGGAUUGAUCGAUGAUUUUUUCUCAAAUCAUUCGAGAGAUAUUCUAGAGUUAAAUCUGAAGUCAACUCUGAGUGACAGUGUUCUCGCACUUAUUUCCAAUCACCUCACAUCGAACAUACAAUUGCAUAGGAAGCAAGCGCAGUACAGCUUAAAAAAAAUUGUCAAUUACCUGAGACGUUAUCCUCAGGAACUGAUGGAGUGGACUAAACAAAGGGGAAAGUCUAGGACGAAUCGCGAGUCAGAGGAACACCUGAUGUAUCCCUUCGUUUUAUGUGAGGAUGAUAGCGUGAGCAUCGAAGAGAUAGAAAGUAAUUUCUUCUCGUUAUUGGAGAGUUUAGAAGAGAAACAGGCGCACCUAGUUCUCCCUGCCCUGGCCCACUUGGAUAAAUUCCUAGUGGCAAGUGUCACCUACGAAUCCUUGUUCAACAGGACCUGGUUGAAGUGCAUCUUUACUCGUGUCUUGAAUCACGCCAACAACAACGUCAUAACAGCAGGACUCAGUACUCUCCUACAAGUAAAUCUUUAUAUUUUCGACGAUGAAUUCAUGCUACUAUUGAUGGAGACGCUGAAUAAAACCUUUCUAUAUGAAUAUCAGAAUCCUGAUCUUCAGCCGCGGGUUCUCCAAGAUUUAUCCGACUUUUUCAUCAAGGCAGAAUCAUCAGAAAUAAAUUUAACCAGCAAAUUUAUUAUUCAAGCAUCGAAGAUCAAUUGGUCUCCUAUCCCUCUGUUGUAUAUCCUCGAAGCUCUAGGAAACAAUGCAGGAAUGACUGAUGUAGAGCACAACUUGUGGGGCCGAGAAGAAUUGGAAGCUCUACGGCUGAUAAGCGAGAUACACGUGAAACAGUUGAUACAAAUAAUGAAAAUCCCAGCCCAGAGGAAUAUUCUCAAUUGCAUAACAAUUUACGUGAAAUCACCAUUUGACUUUUUCGCCAUUUGUAGAAUCCUUCCGUCAAUUAUCAAUGAAGGGGCCCUGAAACGAGGAGACGAUAAAUGGAAAUUACUCACGAAUCUUCUGAAGAUGAAUAUUGAAGAAUCCGCCGCUGUCAAAUCCAUAUCCAAGUGUUGUGAACAUUUUCUGAAGUGUGAAACUGACGAUGCAGAGGUGAAAGCUCUAGCCAUUAUGGUUGUUCUGAUAUGUGACGCAGAAAAUAAGUUGCUUACUGAGUCUGUCACAUCUAUUUGUUUGUAUCAGUUAUUUUUACCAAUUGUUGAUGCAUACAAGAGAGUAUACGCCAAUCCCUGGCUGUAUCUCAAAGCUCUGCAGGUGAUAACUUACCUAAUGGAAUUGUCACCGAAAAAAGAUGAUCCUUACGUCACAUUAAUUUUUGGAUUUUCACAGUCCAUAUUGGAUUUGAUCAUGAACAGCCUCAGAUCUAACUGGCCAAGAUCCUACAAAACUGGUAAAAUUUAUAUGAAGGUCCUUUCAGCUAUUCUGAGAAUCGAAGACCCUUCUUUCACUGAAUUUAUCAACAGCAUGAUCAAUAUCGCAGAUGAAGAGAUUGAAAAGAUUCUAGAUCUCAUUAAUCUUCGGGAUACACCUGUUAUUCGAACAUGGUACACCUUGAAUAUUCUCCAUUUGUUGAAAAAGAGCAAGAAUUGUGGUACCAUUGUUAGUAAUCGUCACCCUACAUUUGUUUCAAGCAAUGGAGACGGAAAAAUAGUGUCUGAAUGCUAUGGCCUUGUGGCGAAAAUUUAUCUUGACUUUGUUGAAAGCAAUGAAAAAUUAUCCUCGGAAUUCUUCAAGGAAUUUCUGAAUGAGAAACUCAUGCCCUUGGCGGAAACCAAAUCUGAUGAUGCACUUCCAAAUAUCCUUAAAAUCCUGAGAUUCAUAAUUGUUAAGCAGAACGAUUGUGGGGAAAUAAUGAACGCGUCUUUAAUUAUUAGAGAUAUUAUCGAGGUUUGUUGGAGCACUUUACGGGAUAUGCAUAAAACUGAAAUGUAUAGAAUCUCUGCUGAAGUUUUCUUGGAGCUGCUAUUAACCAGGCAUUUUCUCAGGAUAGAAGAAUUCAGACAUAUUGCCUUGAAUUAUGUACAUGAGAUAAUUUCUCAGACUGAUAAUUCUUCAAGCUUGCGAUGCUUGCUUUUCAAGAGAAUGAUAUGUAUUGAUAAUGAUGAUGUAUACAUUUUUCGUGAUGCGAUACUGUCAUCGUUUUUACAGACAGAUGUCGGAAAAAUAAAUAAAAGAAUUGACAUGCAAACGUGUUGCUACAUAAUUAAAAAUGUUAAAAUCAACUUUAUCACGACAUUCGGAUUGGGAGCGUACACAGAUGUGAUAACUAGAGCUUUCCUAGCAAUCCUGAUUACACGAGUAGUUAUUCAAUGCAAAGAGAAUAUCAGCGAAAGUUACAUUCCACAACUGCUCCGUUUGUUGGAGAAGCAAAGUAAUAAGAGAUACUUUGGGGAUUCAAACGCGCAUCGACGGAAGCUUCGAAUAAUGCAGGUAUUGCUGUUGAUGACCUCGGAAAUUUCGGAAGAUAAUGCCUUGAAGAUUCACAAUGUCUUGACUCAAUUGACUCUAAUCGAAAGCGAUCAGUCAAGUGUUAGAAUUAUGAAAGAGUGGAUUUUGAUACGUCUCCAUACCCGUUACGAAACAUUACGUAAUUCUGUCUGGGAUUUAUUUAUUUCAGCACGUGAAAAUCGACCGGGUGGUCUACCUUCUUUAAUCUCAAUUGUCUACCACGUGUCUAAAUCCUUACGUAGCUUGGAACAAGUGGAGUACAUUCGGAAGGCUGUAACUUAUAUCCUGCCCAGUUGUUUCUGUCAGCAAUUCGUCGUUCGAUUAUACUCGCAAGUAAUAUUGUGUAAAUUGUGGGAGAUGACUGAUGAGAUUGCGCCAGAAGUGUCGAUGGAGUAUGAGAGUGUUAGGGCAGCUAUACACGAGAGUCUGGUUUAUGGAAAUAUGAUGACGAAUUCUAUGAAACUGUUUGACAAUUUUUAUUUCUCCAAGUUUAAUUCAGAGCAUCACUGGAAUUUAUAUAGUAUUUUCUAUGACAUUCCAAGAUUAACGAAUGUUUCUAUGGAUGAGUGGAUCAGGUUUGACGAAGAUGGCUUGUUUCAACACUCUUUUUUCAACAAAGUCAAUUCUCUUCCUUAUUUCCGCUACGAUAACGAGUUGAGUAAAAUUCCAUCUUCCUCAUCGUUGAAAAAUUCAUUAACUCCGGAUGCAGACGUAUUCAAUGAAGACAGCAUUGCUGACAUUCAAAAAAAGAUAAUUCCAUCGACUUUUGGAAUUUCAACUAGUGAUUCCCUGGUAACGAUGAAGCUUAAAAAGAAACUUAUAACUAAUGACACUGGUCUCAUCGUCAUUGCGACGCUGAUUGAAGGCUUUCCUAACCUUGGAGGCUUAGCCAGAACAGCUGAGAUUUUCUGUGCGAGGGAAUUGAUUCUGAAGAGUAAGAGAUACACAGAAAACAAAGACUUUCAGAGUCUGAGCGUCACUGCAGAGAAAUGGAUUACAAUAUCGGAGGUGAAACCUCACGAAUUACGUGAUUAUUUGCUGGAGCAGAAGUCCAAGGGAUGGAAUUUAAUUGGUGCUGAACAGACUGCCAAUAGUGUCAAUCUUCUUGACAUAAAGUUCAAAGAGAAGACAAUUCUUCUUUUGGGAAAUGAGAAGACUGGAAUACCAGCAAAUUUAAUUCAACUAUUGGACACGUGUGUCGAGAUUCCUCAGGCAGGCGUCAUUCGAUCUCUCAACGUCCACGUGACUGGAGCCAUUUGUAUGUGGCAAUACGCACAACAACACCUUUUCCAAUGUUCAUGAUGAUUUAUAAAAAUUAAAUUUUAAUAAAAAAAAUUGUAGUAA